AUGUUUAUUCGUGACAAGUAUGGUCAAUCAGCCAUGAGCAAGUUGACUAUCUCCGAAAUUGCAUGGCCAAACCCCAUGGUCAUUUUGUUUGGAUGUCUGGGAGCUACAAUUGGAGCCGGUAUGCAGUCACUAACAGGAGCACCACGUUUGCUGCAAGCGAUUGCGUCUGAUGACGUCAUACCGUUUCUGAAGCCAUUCCGGAAGAUGGACAGUCGUGGUGAGCCGAUUCGUGCUAUCUUCGUCACCAUUCUGAUCUGUUGGAUGGGCAUUCUCAUAGCCGUCAUUGAAAACAUCACCGCUCUCAUUACACAUAAGAAUUAUAAUAGAAAAGCGUGUGGUCACAAUACCCUCAAAAAUCACUUGCACUGUCUCAAUAUUUUUGUCCUUAUGUCCUGCUAUCUGGGCGUGAACACGGCAUGCGCCCUACAGUCUCUGCUCAAAUCACCCGGUUGGAGACCGUCAUUUCGAUAUUUCCACUGGGCUCUGUCGAUGUUAGGAGCAUUGUUGUGUGUGGCGGUGAUGUUCAUCUCGGCCUGGUAUUUUGCACUCGUUGCCAUCUUCAUCGGUGCAGCCGUCUACAAGUACAUUGAGUAUGCUGGAGCCGAAAAAGAAUGGGGAGACGGUAUUCGUGGUCUCGGCCUCAGUGCUGCUAGAUUUGCCUUGCUCAACGUUGACACCAAGCCUCAGCAUAGUCGAAAUUGGCGACCACAAUUACUUGUUCUCCUAGAGAAUACUGAUUCGCCAAACACUCACGGGAUGCUCUCAUUUGUUAGUCAGCUCAAAGCUGGAAAGGUAAGUUUGCAGUAUCUAUUUCAA